CAAAGCGUCGAGGCUCUUUCUGUAUGCGGCAAUAUGAGCGACGGUGCUAUGGUUUACGGGCAAUGAAAAUGGGAGAACGCAGCGACUGUCAAAUGUUUAACUUGUUGUGCGACAGCUAAACACGCAAGCGCAUGGCACGUGUUACCUUGCAAUACUUAGUCCUUUAGAAUGCAUCAGGGCUCCUCCACGCUGUUCGUGGCUCGUCUGCCGCUAGUCAACGAUGGUUGGCUCGCUGCCGGGCGCGAGGUCGCGCUCGUGAGGCCACACCCCCUGCUCAAGAGCCUUCUCAGCGUGGUGGACUCGCAUGGCAUCCUGCGGGUAGUGCGCCUAGGCGAGGGCGCCGCCCGUUCGUCCGUUGUGGCCGCGUAUGAGCUGCAGCUGUCGACAGCGGGCGGCUUCACACAGCCGGUGGCCAAGGCCUGGAGUGCGCUGGAGCACCAGCCCGACGACGGCGUGUUGUUGUCACAGGCCGGCUCAGGUCGCAUCAUGUUUGCGCAGCUCCCGCUGGGCGAGGGCGAGGCCGGGCCAGUCUUCCUGUUCGGAUCUCAUGAGGCGCCGGUCCUCGCGCUGGCUUCCACUCGGGAGCUGCUGCUGUCGGGUGGUGCGGAUGGCUGCGUGCGGCUGUGGUCACUGGACACCGGCGCCCAGAUCGAUAGUGCGCAGCAGCCGGGUGGGCUGGUGGCGGUGACGGCUGUGGCGUUUGUGGGGCCCCUAAUGGCCGCCGCGGGUACGGACCGGGGUGACGUGGCGGUGCUGGACUGCUCGGGCGGCCGACUGGAGGCCGUGGCGCGCUUCCGUGCGGACGCCGGCCCCGUCAGUGCGCUGGCAGCGCGCGUGUCGCCGCGCCAGGCUGCUGACGUGGCGGUGGCGGAGGCGCCGCGUGGCCUGGACGGCGGCGGCGUGCUCCCAGCACCCGUGGGGCUGUCGUGGCGGGACGGCGGCCGCGGUGCCACUUGGUCCGGCGCAGUGGAUCCGCCGCUGCUGGCGGUGGCUUCCACCGCGGGCUGGCUGCAUGUGUUCUCGGCCAGCGCCACCGGCACCGCCACGGCGGCGGACUGCGGCUGUUGGGUGCACGCGUACGCGGGGGCGGUGUCAGGCCAGCCGCACCUGUCCUUCAGCCCAGACGGCCGGUACCUUGCCGUGGCAUCAGGCGCUGGCACCGGCCGGCUGGUGGUGUUGGACACGUGCUCGGGCAGCCGCCAGUCCGGACCGCACAGCAGCAUGGCGGUGAUGGCGGAGCAGCGCUACCCGGGGCCGCUGGCAGGCGGCGGCUUCCUGCCGGCAGCGGCGGGCGGGUCGGAGCUGGUGGCGCUGCAGCGCGGCGGCGGCCUGGCGGGCGGGGUGCGGCUGCGGCUGUAUGCGGCACCGACCGCGGCAGCAAUGGGGCUGCCGGAGCUUAUUCAGCUGACGUUUCCGGUACACGAUGCGGGCAGUGGCCACGGCCCUCAGCGUGGAGUGCAACCUGGGGCGCUGGACACCGCAGAGCAGGCGGAGCUGCAGGAGGGCCAGGACUUCCUGGACUGGCUGCAGCUUAAAGCCGGCGGGGCUCCAGCAGCAGCUGCAGCGUCGGGGUUUGCGCCGGGCGAUGCCAACGCUGCAGCUUCUCCCGGUGCCGCCGCGGCUGCGCUGGUCAGCGGCGACACCCCAUCCCCGAUGGGAAUGUUGCUAGGCCGGGGCCGUGGACAGUAUGGGUAUGAAGGCAUUGGCGUGUCAGGAAACGUAGGCGGCGGUUGGGGCGCCCGAGCUGGCGCGGUGCCGAAGACAGAUGCUGCAAGGGCUGGUGGCUACACACCGGCGACGGUGCCCCUGGAGAGUCCCUACCCGGGGCUGGUGGUGGCCGCUCGCGGCACCGCGCCUCGCAGUCCGCUGGCACCAGUGCGUGGAAGCGCCGCCUCCGUCUCUGGACUUGCCACCAGUCCGAGCACGGCAGCAGCAAUUGCUCGCGCUGGUCUUGGAGGCGCAUUGGAGGCAGGCGAGGGAGGCGCCAGCGGCAGGGGCACGAGUAGCCCCGCCGCUGAGCCAUGGGCGUCGCCGCCGCUAGGCGCUGGGGCUGCUGGAGUGGCGGGGGGCAUAGCAGCAGGUAUGGCUGAAGGCAGCGCAAGGGCCAGCGCAGGAGGAGGCGGUGCGGGUGGUAGCCCCGCACGCACGUGGCAGGCGGUGCCGCCCGCCACCCAGCCGACGCCUCGCAGCUGGAUUACGGGCCUGCCUCCUCGGCCAGACUUGCUCCCAGCACCGCUGCCGCCGCAGUCAUCCUCAGCUGCCGUUAUGGCUACGCCAGGACAUGAACGCCUGCGCUCGGUGAUGCCGAAUCCUGUCGGUGGCGGGGGCACCCGAUAUGCACCCCGCGGCUCUGACUCAGGAGUGGAUCCUGGUCUGAGUGAGGGCCUGGGGGACACCGACGCCGGGGAGCUCCCACACACAGGCACGCUGCUGCCUGUGGCCACCAGCACCUCUGCUGCAGCCGCUGGUCGCUACGCGGCGGCCGCCCAGCCCUCAUUCGAGGACUACGACCAGACAGGGCUGCCGGAUUCAGCAGCAGCUGUCGGUGAGGAGGACGGCGAGGCGCCGCUUGAAGCCACCGCCGCUGGUGUUGGUCAUGGAGAAUGGCGCCGCCAGGCUGCAGCAUUUGCUGAGGAAGCCGAGGCGGAGGAGCAGCCCCGAGCAGCUCGGCCGCCACGGCCGUCUGCAGAGGAUUAUGAGCUCGCAACCAGCUCACGGGGCGCGCCCAGCCCACAAGCAGCAGGGGGCUACGGCACCGCCGACGCAGCCGGGGGCUGGGGCGGGGGCACAUGGCGGCAGAAUGACAAUUCCAUGGAGGGCGGUGGCAGCGAGGCGUGGUUCAGGUCGUCCAUCUCUGCCUCUGCGGGCAUUGCCGGUACAGCCGCCCCCGCAGCCGGUGCUGGCAGCUUCCGCUUCGUCACCCUCCCCAUGUCUCAGCCGCGCGCAACCCAACCUGCAGGCAGCCAAGCCUUCGGACAGUCACUGGCAGGGGGGUCCCUCGAUGCGGGUGAUGGUGGCGGCUGGGGCGCGGACGCCUACAAUCCCGACCCUGCCAGUGAUGAGCCACAGGAUGAGGAUGGCGGGGCUGACGACGCGGGUGGCGAUGCCCAAGUGGACUUGGACGCCGACGCGGCAGCAGAGGCGCAGGACUGGAGCCAGCGGCGCUACAGCCCACUAGAGCAGGCUGCCUAUCUGAGUCGGCAGCUGGCAGACCUGCAGCUGGAGGUUGGCGGGAGCGCCCAAGGGGAGGGGCAAGAGCAGGGCGCCGAGGAGCAACUGGAGGAGGGGGAGGAGGAGGAGGACGGUGCGCUCAUGCCUCGCGGCGCGGCUGGCCUGCCGGCGCCAUCGCGGCGCGGCAACAAUGAGGACGUCGAGGAUGCACAGCCGCACCAGAGCUUGCAUCCGCAUGGGAGCCGCAUGCACGCCUGGCGCCACGAGCAGCUGCAGCCGAUUGAGGAGGAGCAGGAGAGCCGCAAGGAAGAGGCACAAGCAGCCGAGCAGGCGCAGGAGGAGGAAGGCAAUGACGAUGCCGGAGCCGGGCUCGGCACGGCGGCGCAGCUCCCGUCCGACAGCGUGCAUGUGGGUUACAGCCUGCUGCCGCGGCCAGAGGAGCAUGAGGAGCAGGUGUCCGCAGCCGGCCUCUGGGAGGGCUUUGCGAAUGCGGACGUCCUGAGCGGCCGUGGCAUGGCGCAGGCAGCUACUGUCGAGGUUGGUGCUCGUGGCGGUGUGCGGGCGGCCGCGGCCCCCGGUCGGCCCGCAUGGCCCUCCGCACGACUCCGGCAGUCGCCUGCAGGCAGCAGCCACCGCAUGCAGCUGUCUGGCGAGCCGCCGUCUCCGCUGGCGGCGGCAGCACCCGCCGGCGCCGCCUCCGCAGCAAGUGGCGCGGCGUUGGGCCCUGCGAUUGAGCAGGCGGGCUGGACGGGGCGGCAGAUGCUGAUGCAGCUGCGUCACCGCAAGCCGCCAGUGCCUGGCACUUCUGCGGCGACUGUAACCCAUGGAGGAGUGGCGGGGCUUUCGGACGUCGUUAGGCCAUCGGAGCGCUCGCCAGCAGUGGAGCGGCACAAGGGCAGCUGGGGGGGCGAGACGACACCAGGCCAACACAGCCCCGCGCGGAGCCGGCUGCAGUCGCCCGGUGUGCUGCUGGGCUCGCCCAGCACCUCGGCGACCGGCUCCACCAUGGCGGCGGCGGCGAGACGGGCGGAGGCGCCAUCCGCAUCCGCACCGGGCGCCGCCGGUCGCGGUGCCCCAGCCGCUGCUGCCAGGUCCAGCAAGGCCGCCACGUCUGCAGCUACCCAGGCCCAGCCCACCGCCGGCAGUCGCAUGCACCUGGCGUAUCUGCGGCAGCAGCGGCAGCAGCACCACCAGGCGCGAGUGCAGGCACGACAGCUAGCAGCCGAGGCCCCCGCCUCCACAAACUCCACGCCCGUUGCUGCUGCUACCGGCGCAGGCUCUCGGCCGGGCCGCGCGCUGGCGACAGGCAGGCCCAGCAGGAACGGCAGAAGCCCAACCUUGGCUGGGCCAGUUGCGUCUGAGUCCCCCCUGCAUGGUCAGUUUGCUGCUUUCCGCGGCGGCGGCGGAGUCAGCGGUGGCGCGCGGCUGGGCGGCAGCCGCCCCGCCCCGGCACACCAACCUUCAAACCGCCGCGAAGCCCAGGCAGCGGUAGCUGCGGCGGCGCCCAGCGGGGGCGUCACGCACUCAGAAGAUGACGAUGUGGCGUAUGCAGCGGCAAUGCAGGCCGACGAGGAUGCUGCCGAAGCUGCUGCGACUCCCGGCGCGCUACCGCAGUUCGGAGCCACGGCCUUGCUGCUGCGCAAGAUGGAAGGGUUGCGGGACGUUCUGGAGUCACCGCCGCCGGGUGCACUGCCGCCGCCGUCCGAGGCGGCAUGGGUGACCGGCGCGGGCCUGCCGCUGGACGUGACGGCUGCGGCAGCGGCGGUGGGCAUGAGCGAGGCGGCGGCGGAGGAGGCGGCACGCCGUGCGGCCACACGGGCCGCCAACGUGCCAUUUGACGCGGCCGUGUACGACGAGUUGCCGCCAGUGCACUACGUCCCCGCCAAGGCGCCCACGACCAAGGCGCAGCUGGACCCCAGGUGGGUGGCGUCGCGGCAGCAGCGGCCCGAGAUGUGGUCGCUGUGGCGGCCGGCAGAGGUGGCCAGCGAGGUCUGCAACACCCGCGGGGUAGCUAUGUACACGGCGCCGUCUGCUGCAGAGGUCGCACGGAGCUUGCUAAGGAUCCACUGAGCAGGCUGCUUUGCGGAAGCUGCAGUGCAGACGUCGGGGCGGGAGGUUGGGUUGGACAGGUGCCUGGUUGCGGGCCCGCGGGUGAGCGCAGUAAGCGGACUGGCCUUGUCCGGUAUCAACGUCCAGCUGGGUAGCGGCGAAGGCGCGGCAGGCGCUGGCUUACCGUUGCGUGCGUAGUGAGCAGGUGUAGGCGGCUGAGCAGCUGAGGUGAGGCGCUUCAUGACCAGCCGUUUGCAACCUUCCGGUAGUGGCACAUACAUAGCUAUGUACGGCAGGCGUGUAUGGUUUGGCACGCGGGUUGGGGGGGGGCGGCGUGUACAGACCGAACCCAUGCCAAUUGCUUUAGGACGGGCCCUCGCACUUCAUGUCGCAUAUGUACGGAUGGCCCUAAUAACCAUGGAGGAAUGUCGCACCCGUGGAGGGCACUGUAUAAGCUCUCUCCAAGCGCAAUCGGCGUCAGGGUGUACACAAUAAUGAGGAUGUGGCCGUGUAGGCAUGCACAGUAAGCGGUAGCCUGCGGCGGCUUGUGACAGCUGCGUGGCGGCUGUUUCAGAUGGGUUUCUGCACCGCGGGGACCCCUGGCUGGCGGUGCCUAUGGAGACCAUGUCCGGCAGGUGAGGGGGGAACGCAGGGAAAGUUCGGCCUUUAGGCGGUUAUCGACGUGCUUGAAAAAUCGCAACACGCACAAGCGAACAUGACGUUGUAGAGCCGGGGCCAGUAUGCGGUGUGAUGUGUUGUGAGGCUUCUCCUUCCAGGGGAAACCCACUUGCUCCCUUCGACCACCACCUCCGUCCGUCUGUAGCCACUUGCCAGGUUCACGCGGUAAUCAUUGCGCAAGAUGUAAGUUUCUCAGGGC